UCGCUCUCUUUCAUACUAAUAAACACAUACCCGCCUACAAAAAGGAGAGACGCAUCAAAAAUCAGGAGUGGUCGAAAAAGAUCGACAAAAUUUAUUGACAUAUCCCGACAGAAAAGGUGAUGGCGGUGGCAGUCUCCAGGGAUCUGACGGUGCAGGUGCUGGAGGAUGUGAACACUGUCAAGCUGACUGACAGACAGCAGGCUCUGCAUGCUGCCAUCCAGAGAGGAGAGCCCAAAUGUCUGGGGGUGAGUCAAGUAAUGCUGGGGCUGAUGGUCAUGUCCUACUCCAUUCCUCUGCACUUCACUGAGUUCACAGAGGUGGUCAACUUGGGAGUUCCUUGGUGGAGCGGCCUGACGUUCAUCACAGCAGGAGUGGUCGCUAUCAUCUUGGACAAACACUGCACCAUCAAGAUUUUGCGAGUGUGUUUGAUGGUGAGCAUGGUGUCCACUGUGCUGUCAAUUGCGGCUGUGAUCAUCUACUCUGUGGACAUGGACAAGAAUCCUGAGGCGCCGUGUGUCAAAAUGAUACAUGGCAGCUGUAAUGAGAAACACUAUGCCACGAAGGUGAGCAGAGGAGUGAAAUCCUCCCUCCUCCUCUUCACCCUGGCCCAGACAGCCAUCUCUGCCAUUCUGUGCUUCCUUCUCUACAGACAGAGACGCAUCUUUGGACCAUACGCUUCUCUCACUCAAGCUGCUCCAUCAACGCCCACAUCACUCCCACCUCCCGUCCUCAACUGAUCAAAUCAUUUGACCAAAAUUCAGGUAGAUGAUCUCUAAAGAUGAUUGAUCAGCUGUCAUCAAGAUGUACUGAUUAACUUUUGUCAAAGUGAUUGAUCAUCUUUCACAGAGGUGACCAGUUAGCUGAUGUUAAGAUCUCAUUUGUCUAUCUACUUGUAUCUGUUAGUACAGUUAUCCACUGUGCUACCUGAGUGGUCACCAGCUGAAAGUAUGUGAAGACCUGAAUAUUAGAUUAUUUGUUCAGUUCAACCAAAUGAUUGAACCCUUUAAUAAACAACAGAGCUGCAAUAAAAGGAUCAACAGCAAUACUCUUAAAACACCAAAAUUAACACAGUGGUUGAAAUAUGUAAUACUAACAAAUGCAUUAAAGAGGACGGAGGAAAGAUGAAGUGAAGAAAUGUUGAUACAUGAAGAGAGAUACAAGAAAUUGUUCUCUCCUUCGGUAAUCCAUCACAAGAUACUUAAUUAUUUUGUGGCAGUGAAAUGUGAAAAUGUGUCUACCAGUGUGCAGUAAGCAGUGGACAUUUCUGUGGCUGCACUUGGGACUCACAUGAAAACACAGUGGAAUCAGGAGGAAUAAUAUACACAAAAUGAUUGAUUGCAUAGGUAUUCUUUCUUUAUGAUGCACAUAAAUCAACACUUUUUUAAAAAGUCACCUAAAAAGUGCAUUCAAAAUUGCGUCAUGGUCCCCUGUGUGUAAUCAUGAUAGUCUGGAGACUCUGAAAUUUGGGUAAAGCCAAACACCAUUCCCUUCAUGAAGCAUUAAGAUGCGGUGGGGAUGUAGCAGGCCAAAGGCUAGUGAGGGUAGAUGUAACAUGAAUACAGAAAAGUGCAAAAAGAAAUACUAGAGGAAAAAGCUCUGCAGUCCAUGUGAGAGCUGCCACUUGACAAAAUAUCUAUUUUCCACUAAGUUGAUGAGGCCAAACAUGAUCCAAAAUGACACAGGAAUGCCCUCAAAUCAGCACCAUUCAUUUGAUAAAAACAAUCCCAAGUCAGAAUCCACUUACUAGCUUUUUCCAGAACAGGUUUUUUUUUUUUGGUCAAACUAAUAUUUCCAAGGUCUAGAAUAAACUUUAAUACUUAAUGAUGUUAAAGGAAAAAAUUGACAUUUUGGGAAAUACUCUUAUUUGUGUUCUUGCUGAGAGUUAGAUGAGAAGAUUGAUAUCAGCCUU